CUGGGAGUCCUUUAAAAGCCGAGGUGGGCGGGUCCACUUCGCUGGUUCCUGGGAGCUGAGGCUGGAGGCCUGAGACUCAAGGCUUGGAAGAGACUGGAGCAGUGCUCAGCUAGAGAAGUUUCUAGAAGCUCAGACUCGCCAACCUAGGCAGGUUCGCAUUCAAUUGGGACCUAGUUCCUCGGCCCUACUCCCAAGUUUCUGAACAAGAACCGCCUUCCUCUGCCUGGCAAGUGCAAGGUCGUGAGUUCGGUUCCCGGUACCGGAGAAAAACCAAGAAAAAAGAGAACCGCCUUCCUGCUCCUGCCCGUCUUGCUCCCCUGCCCCCACCAGCACCUCCCUGGUCCUAGUAAGUGCAGUCCCCGCCAAGCGCCCAGAAGCAGCAACGUGGCCAUGUGCCCCCCGGUGGUCCUGCGCCUGAGCAGAGAGGGCAUGUCCUACCUCUACGCUUCCUGGCUGUAUGAGCUGCAGCAUGGAGGCCCGCUGGAGGUCUGCUUCACCUGCUUCAAGGUUGCCUUCCUGGACUUCAAAGACACGCUGGAGUCGGAAGACUGGGAGGAUGAAGACUGGGACCCCAUGGAGCUGGAUGAGGCAGAGAAUGAGCAAACAGCAGCCCUAGGGCUGGGGUAUGGCUGGGGGCCCUGGGCCGGCUGGGGGCCCUGGGCCGGCUGGUGGCCCUGGGCCAGCUGGGGGCCCUGGGCCCUGGUACCAGCCUUAGAGUGGCCAGAGGAAGAAUACCUGGAUGACCCCAUGGUGCCCACUGAACUGGAGCCUCAAAGCAUAGUGCCUCUCAGCCUGGAUUCUGAGCAUGGUGACUGGACCCAGGCCCUUCCCUGGAGGUUUGAGGGACUUCCUGCCUGUGCUCACUGGCCAAGAUCCCCUCCUCCGCAGAUGUUCCCCCGUGUGAACCUGGCUCCUGUGGAGCCCAUGGUGCUGGAGCUGGGCACCAUGUGGCCAGUGGAGCUGGAGGAGGCUGAGGCCUGGUUGCUGGGCCUGCAGGUCUUCUGUGUGGUGGGCUACCAAGAUACCACCAUCUACCUUCGGAAGAUGACUCCAGAUCAGGCCCUGAGGAGCAUGGGCCAGCGCUGGAAAGUGCUGCUGGAGCCGGCUGAAGUGUGGGUGCUGAAGCUCCAGGAAGCACCCCAACUGCAUGACCUGCUCCGGUGCCAGCUGAGCAUCCUGGAGAAAACACAGCACAGUGAGCAGGAGGAGCUUUUCCCUGCAUAUGCGAUCCUGCAGAAGAAAGGCUUCACCAUUGUGUCCUACUCACCCUGGAGUGUGAGUGAGGGACACUCAGCCUCUGCUUCAUGGUUCCCCACCUGGAGCCAGGACCCUGGACCAGUGGAGACUACGAGCCAUGUUCCCAGGGGCUCUGUAGAGAGCCUGUCUGUCAUGGAAGUCUUGGCCCUGGGGGAGCUGUCCUGCUUACAGCCUUUUGUCCCUGAGCCGGAGAACUGAGGAACUGAGUGUGGGAACUGGACUGACUGCUGGACUAGGAAUUGGACUUGUUGGGUAGGGGGGCUCACCUGUGUUCAAUACCAGGCGACUGUCAUAUAGUUCAGAGCAUCAUAUGGACCUGGACUUGCGGAGGUGGAAGGCUGUGUGGUGUGUGACUUGAGAGUAAUCACAGCACCAUGCUCUGGCCUUGGCAAAGGACCUUGCGUGGAUGACACGACCAAGGAAUACAUGAGUGAUCUAGAUGUGUCCUAUUAUUUGAUGGGGUGGUCUCU